AUGAUUUCCUACAAAAUUUCAACAUUUCACUUUGUUCAUCCAAAAUUGGUUGAGAAUGCCAAACAUUGUUUUCAUUACUUUCAAAGUGGAUUCAAAUUGGAACAGCAGAAGAAGUUUAGCGAGUUAAAUCUCAAAGGAACCCAUGCUGAUCAUGAUGUAGUUGAUGAAGUUAUUGACGGCUAUGCACAGAGAUGA